CAUUUUCAAGCGCACCUUGCCGCCGAGCAGACCUUCCGUCGGGGGAGAUCGUUGAUCCUCCCCAGCUUGUCCACAUUUACUGCAAACACAGGAAGCGGCGGAUGCCAAAUGAAAGCCCGUAGAGGGACGCUGCUGGGGGGCUUUAGGUGGGGGGCACAAAUAAGGUGAAGUUUUAAUGUCGCUUUUGGAUGGAAGAUCGCUGACGUGUCGGCCGACUGUUUGUCCUAGAGCUGCCUCCGCCAGAUGACUAUUAUGGACGCCUGCAGAAACUUCUGGCAGGGCCCCUGCCGUCCGUCCUGCUGUAUUCUGUUUUUCUCCAUGUCACUGGAUGGAGUAGAAGCUGCACGGGGCUGAAGUGGUUAAAGAGCGUCUUCUCUCCUUUCAGUCCACUUUCACCUAGCAUUUCUGGAAAAAUGCCCGUGGAACGGAUGCGUAUGCGGCCCUGGUUAGAGGAACAGAUAAAUAAGGACUGUAUCCCAGGCCUAAAAUGGUUGAAUAAGGAGAAGAAGAUAUUUCAAAUUCCAUGGAUGCAUGCAGCCAGACAUGGGUGGGAUGUGGAAAAGGAUGCUCCGUUAUUUAGAAAUUGGGCAAUUCAUACAGGUAAAUAUCAACCUGGAGUAGACAAACCAGACCCAAAAACAUGGAAGGCAAACUUCAGAUGUGCAAUGAACUCUUUGCCGGAUAUAGAAGAGGUGAAGGAUAAAAGUAUGAAGAAGGGAAACAAUGCCUUCAGAGUCUACAGGAUGAUACCAGUUGCAGAAAGACCAUCGAAAAGAGGAAAAAGAGCAAAAGCAGAAAAAGAGGAAAAGUUAAAACAAGAGAAGGAUGAGCUGAGCAGGACGCCGAUGUCAGCCAUGAAUGGGGCGUGUACAGCUACCUCUCCGUAUACACUCAUGUGUUCAGCAAUAAAAGUAGAAGUGGAUAGUACUAUAAAUAUUCUAGCUGAUGGAACGACAUACACCACUUUCAGCUCCAAUACAGUGGAAGAUUUAAUAGUCACCAAUCCCCCCGAUGUUUGCCAGGUUGUGGAAGUGAUGACAGAAAGUGACGAGCAGCCAUCUCUUCGGCCACAACAUUACCCUCUGCAGAUAUCGCCAGUUUCUUCGUGUGCAGGAGAAAGUGAAACAGACAGUGUGCCCAGUGAUGAAGAGGGUUCGAGCCGAUUACAGAGACGUAAGAUCGUUGAAAAUAAAGAAUGUGUACGGACAACAAGCCCAAGACCUUUGUACAAUCUCCCUGGCAUGGCAACUUUUGUAACUUCCAAUAAACCAGACCUCCAGGUUACUAUAAAAGAGGAGAAAUGUCCCAUGCCCUAUAAUGCAUCAUGGCCAAUUUUUCCAGAAGGAAACUCUUAUACACAAACAUCCAGUAUCUCCACAUUAACCAGCAAUAGGAAAGACAAUGAACCCAGAGCUACCGUCAUUAAGAAAACAUCAGAUGUUACUCAGUCAAGACUCAAGACAUUCUAACAAGGACUUAUGUUGUCCAUAGUUUUUUUUAUGUUUGUUCAGGAGAGAGAAAAUUGUUUUCAUAGUUGUUGUCAUAGUAUUUAAUUCACAUUUGUCUGCCUUUUUGGAUUCUGUUUAGUUCAAGGAAGAUCAAUGAGGAAACACUUAAAGGGGGUUCUUUUGCGUAAGCAAAGGAAUUGGAACAGCAUAAAAAAGUAAGCACUCGUUAAAUCCUCUUCUGCUCCAGCAGCUCCACUCCACUGGUUCCCACUGGUCCUGCAGUGAUGACACCACAACAUUCAUGUGUCCACUGUAGUCAAUCACAUAGACCACUAGAGAGCUAGUGAUAAAAUGGUAGGGAUUUAAGGGCUAAGAAACGUUUUUAUGAUGUACUAUUUCUCAAGUUUCUUAAAAUCGUGGUCAACUCCUUUAAGGUUUUCUCAGGAGUAAGGCCUGCAAGAAGGACAAACUGAAAACAGGACCAAGACUGUGAGUCAAAAUAACAAUGGCCUUAGUUUAGAUAUCGAUGGGAUAUAUUCAUAUCCUACCCAAAUACAUAAAUCUAUAUUGUAAAUAUGUACAUUAUAAUUAUGCAGCAGUUUUAGCACAUUUGCAUUUUGCUUGUGCACCUUAAAAGACAAGCACUUACACAGGAAACAUGGCUGUCUAUAGUACUGCUGUAAAUUCUAUUAAGGCCCAUCGCCUUCCACAGCCCUGGUUGGGCAUAUCAUAGGCCUCAUAUAAGGAGACUAGUGCAAUCAAAAAGUUAAGGUGUGGAUAGUAGUAACCAAUCAGAUCCUAGUGCAGGUUACAGAGUGUUAGAAAUCCCCUAACUGGUUACUAUGGGCAACACCUCCAAAUUAUUUUGUCUGCACGGAUUUUCAUUCAUGACAAACCAUAAAUAUUCACAAAAGCAAAGAAGACGACUGCCUCCUCUAGCAAGGAACGGCUUGUGUACUAUAAAUUAAAAUUACAGAAUUUAUGAUGAAAUAAUUAUUAAAAUAAAGCGUAUUUUAAAAAUUUGCUCAUACUUGAGGUACAAUAGGAAUUUAGUUCUCUUCACCGAUUGUAUAGCCUCCCUGCAAAUAUUAAUAUUAUGCAAAUUAGAAAGAUAUAACUAAUCUCUCCCAAAGUUUAUUUUAUUGUUUUAUACAGGGCAUAUUUAAUUUGAAAGAAAUAUAAAAUGAAUAUAAUUGUUUUUGUCUUUUUAUACAACAGAUUUAUUUUAUGACUCAGUUUCCUGUUUGUUAGCAGAAUGUCAAUUUCCAGGCACAUUUCUUAAUUUUUGUUUCCUAACAUGAAACUGAUUUAUUGAUCUAAUAUGUAGAAUGCAAAUUAUCCUGUGGAUUGAGAAAUAAAUAUUAAUUGCAGUUCUAUUUGUUAAAGUCUUGAAUCUGUUGUUUUUCUCCUUUAUUACACAGUAUUUUUUGCCUUUGAUAGUCUGAAUAGGGGUGUGAAAGAAGAGAAACUGCACAUUCUCACAUGUUGUACAUGAGGAAGUUAUGGAAACCACACCACCUUAGUAAAGAAAAACACAGCCUGAAAAUUAAAAGCUUUGAAGUGGUAUUUCCAUUUCAGACAUUGCGGGCAUAUCGCUAGGAUAUGCCCCCAAUGUCUCAUGGUUGCAGGUUCCACCUCUGGGACCCUCAACUAUAUGUAGAACAGAGCCCGUAAAGUGCUGAAAGGUGCACUGUGCAUGCACAGCCUCCCUCAAUUCAUUUCUAUUGAAGCACUGAAAAUAGAAAUGAAUGGGAAGUGCAGCGCACAAGUGCUGCAACCGCUCUAUUCACUUCUAUGAGGUUGAUGGAAAUAGCUGAUCCAGUGCUCUGCUAUUUUCAGCGCUCCCAUAAGAAUGAAUGGAGGGCGGUGACACAAGUGUGGUGCACCUUCCUGCACUUUGUGGGCUCCGUUCUAAAAAUGCAAAUUUCUCUAACCUAUGCAGAUGUUUAUUCUUGUACACAGGAUGCACUGUUAUUGUAAUUGAUGAUAGUAAAUUUAUUGAAAGGGAUAACAUUUUUCAUUUCUCUGGUGGAUCUUGCAAAACAUAAAAUCAGUUGGAAUCAUCUGAAAUAAAAAAUAUUCCUGUUUCUAGA